AUGAAGUUGUCACCGAUUCGUUUGAGUUUAGAAUUCGGUAAGCUUGGUAAGAUUUAUGGACAGUACAAAUUUACAUUAGCUCCGAAUGAGCAAAAAGUAUUCAAAGGAUUUUGGAAAGAUGCUGUCAUAAAAGUAUUAAAAAAUACAUGGAUCGAUCGAUGGUAUCUCUGGCUACCUCAAGGUAUACUAUUCUAUUUUAUGACAAAGCUAUGUGUGGAAAUGAACUACGAAGCUUACCGGAAGAAACCGGAAGACUUCAUUAAUGAAGGUACACCAAAGGAUGCAUAG